AUGACCUUUAAGAAGACAAAACAGAAGCUGAAGUUCCAAACGCGGCUCAAGGAGGACUCCGCGUUCCGCGGGCGUGAGAUGCAGUGGUUGCCUGGCGGCGACGUGGGUGUGAUGAUGGCGGGCUGCUAUGUGAACAUGGAGACGGCUAGCAAGGCCAUCGGUGACGUCAAAGGAGUUGCUGACAACGUGCUGAAGUUCCCGAAGGGUAUCGACCCGGAAC